AUGCCUCAUCCAUCAUCAUCAUCAGCAGCAGCAGCAGCAGCAGCAUCCCGCACACAUUCCAACGAACAAGCCAUUCGACCCCACAUUUGCGAAUACUGCCAAAAGUCGUUCUAUCGGUUAGAGCAUAAAGUGCGGCACAUCCGCACACACACAGGCGAAAAGCCGCAUGCUUGCACGCUAUGUGACAAGCGCUUUGCACGAUCCGACGAACUCAGUCGCCAUGCGCGCGCACACUUGAGUCCACCCACGAUCCUGCUACAUCGACGCAAGCGCACCCGCCGGUCUUCCAACUCAGCCAAACCGCGUUCACCUGACGACGAAGCAGCUUAUAUGCGUCAGCAACAGUACUGUUCGAUCCUCAGAUUCAUCCAUCCAGGACAACAACACCAUUACAACAAGUCAGCACGCAGCAGUACUUUAGCCAAAUUAAACCAUUGUCCUGCACCAGGGUGUUACAAAUCAUUUUGGCGACGGGGCCAGCUGACCCGCCAUAUUGAGCAGCUGCAU